AUGGAAGAAAAGAACGACAGUCCGGUGCGCAACAAGCAGGCCAUCAACGUGGCGCUGCUCUCCCAAGAAGAGGCCGACCAGCUGCGGUCCCAAGCCCUCAGUUCUGACCGGGCAACCCUUCCAGCAGGGUACUACUCCAGCAUCCGCAUCGUGGGGACAUUCGUGGGCAUCGCGAUAUCCCUCGUCGCCACCUACUUCGCGUACCAAGCGGGGGCGUCGGUGAUCAUCAGCAUCAACAACGACAUUGGUCCGAGCGAGAACUCAUCCCUCUUCGCCAUCGUGUGGAGCGCGGCGCAGCCCAUCUCUGUCCUGCUGUUCGGGUCCCUGUCCGACCGCUUUGGCCGGCGCAACUGGGCGCUGGCCGCAAUGAUCCUCGGCAUCGUGGGCGGCGCCGUAGCCGCCACCGCGAAGACGAUGAACACGCUGAUCGGCGCUAUGGUCUUGCUGGGUCUGGCAUCUGGCGUGCCGGCGUCGUACCCGCUGCUGACUGGGGAGUUGGCGACCAACAAAGGCAAGUUCCUGGCCACUGUGACCGUCGUCGUGCCGAACAUCAUUGCGACCGGGUUCGGUCCGUACAUUGGACAGCGGCUUGUGGUCUACGCUACGUGGAGGUGGAUAUUCUACAUCUACAUCAUCAUAAUGGUCCCCGCCACCGUUUGCUUUUACCUCUGGUAUCACCCACCGACGUUCGUGCAGCUCCACGGCCACAACUUCAGGCGCUGGGACGCAUUCAAGCGCAUUGACUUCGUGGGUGUAUUUCUAUUGACGGCAGGUUUGACACUGUUCCUCCUGGGCGUCUCCUGGGGCGGCACGACGACGGCGCUGACCUGGGACUCUCCACGCAUCCUCGGGCUCCUGAUCUCGGGAAUCCUAUGCUGCAUCGCCUUCGUCCUCUAUGAGUGCUUCGUCCCCGCAUUUCCCAUUGUUCCGAUGCGCUUUUUCCGAGACGUACGUGGCUUUGCUUGCAUCAAUGUCAUGUCGGCCGUAUUCGGCUGCAUCAACAUUGCCGUCUUCAUCCUCUGGCCUUCGCAAGUGAUCCACAUUUUUGGAAGCACCGGCAGCUGGGAGCAGACAGCAUGGAUGAGCUGCACGGUCAACUUCGGGAUAUGGACGGGCAUUAUCAUCGUGGGACCGCUGUACCAUAUCAUCAAGCACAUCCGAUGGCAGCUUGUUGUCGCCACUGCGUGGAUGUCCAUCUUCCUUGGCGUUCUCACGACGGCCAACAGUGGACAGCGUGCUGCUGCCAUCGCCGUCUCAUUUCUUUCCUGCUUACCCAUCGGCUGGGGUGAGGUUGUCACCAUGCUGCUCGUGCAGUACCUCGUCGACGAUAAAGAUCUGGGCGCCGCUUUCGCGGUGACUUCGGCCAAUCGUACCAUCCUUGGCUGCAUUUUCACAUCCGUCUUCUCUGCCAUUCUCACCAACAAACUCCCACAACAAUUAUCCUCGAAGCUGGUUCCAAACGCCAUCGCGGCAGGACUACCUGAAUCUUCGGUUCCGGGUGUUCUCGCCGCCGUUGCCGCAGGGAAUGACACCGCUCUCAGCCUGGUGCCCGGCAUGAAUGACCCGGCUGUUUUGAAAGCCGUGAAUGAAGGGGCAAGCAAUGCCUGGGCGGGCUCGUAUGCCUAUGUUUACUACUGCGCCUUAGCCCUUGGGCUGUGUUCCGUCAUUGCUGCCUUCUUCACGAGGGAUAUGGAUAAGUAUCUGACGGGGCAUAUUUCGCGACAGAUCUACACGAAGGAUGAGGGAGCUGUAGAUGUGCUGGAGAAGGUGGAAAACUCUUAG